CCAUUGAACCUGAAAGUUUAAAUUGAUAGACAUAUUUAUGUUUAUAUAUAUUUUCUUACCUUUCUCUAUUAUUUUUUUCCCUUGUCAGGUUGCAUCGUCUUUGAAUUCCUCCUACUCCUACAUAUUGAACAGUAGCUCCAAUGUCUUUACAUGGUCUGGAAGCCUUACAAACUCAGAUAAUCAAGAACUUGUUGAGCGGUUGUUGGAUUUGAUAAAGCAGCCCAAUGUGCAAUCUAGAUCACAAAAGGAAGGCUCAGAAUCUGAACAAUUUUGGAAUUUGCUGGGAGGCAAAUCUGAAUAUCCUAGCCAAAAAAUCAGUCGAGAUGCUGAGAGUGAUCCUCACCUAUUUUCUUGUACUUUCUCAAGAGGGAGUUAUCACUAAACAAAUGACUGCAAUAGAAGAAAUGGUUGCAAGUGAGUACAAUUAGCCAGACCCUCAUCUUUGUGACAAGAUCUUGAAGUUGGUCAUUUGUGAAGCGUUCUACUUUGCUAUUAGUUGCAGUUUUAGUUAUUGCUCUCUCAAUAUAUUCUUUUUCUUUCUUUCUUUCUUUUUUUCCAAAGGAUGAUCAGU